CUGCCUCUAAAAUGAAGAAGUAAUCUAUCAAAUUAGUGAUUUCAGCGCGUAAAAUAAUACGAAAAUAUUUUUAAAGAAUUAAUUAAGUGAUAUUAAAAUGGUCACCGAAAAUGGACGACUGAGCAACAAUAUAGAAGAAUUCACAGAAGAAGAUCCUCUCAGACAAACAGAUGGAAAUGAAGAAGCGAAAGAAAAGCUAACUUUUCGUGACAGAGUUGUACUAGUUUUUAGAAACAUAACUAUAGAACCAUGCUUAUUUAUGUUUAUACUGGCUGCCAUGAUCAUCAUGACAGCCACACAAAAUUUGAACCUAGAAAAAGCCUGCCGAGUAAACCUGAACUUCACAGAAGAGAUAUGUGAUUCCUUAAAGGCUCAGGAUGUUGAGAGUGAGAACGCAUAUGAAAGAGAAACUCAGAAAUUACUGGCAAGAGCGCUUUCCUGGAGAACGUAUUUAGCAGCUACCUUACCUUGUAUAUUCGCGCUUUUUGCCGGCUCAUUUUCCGAUAUAACGGGCCAUCGAAAAUUCUUCAUCAUGAUCACUAGUUUUGGCCAACUUUUGAUUGGUAUCAACAACAUCUUUCAUGUUUACUUCUUCUAUCAGUUGAGGUUGGAGUACUUGGUCUUCUCCGAAGCUAUUAUUGAAGGGUUAAGCGGGGGAUGGUGUCUCUGCUUUUUGACUGCAUUUGCCUUCGUCAGUUCUAUUACUACAGACAAAGAUAGAACUUACAGACUGGGACUUACUAGUUUCAGUAUAACAUUGGCUUUCCCAGUAGGAAUGGGUACAAGUGGAAUUCUCUUGAAGGCUAUUGGAUAUUAUGGAUGUUAUGGGUUAACUAUUGGCAUACAUGUACUUAAUUUGCUGUAUCUUCUCUUCGUGUUGAAGGAUCCUAAAAGAAACAAGGAACAGAAAAAGCACGAUCGUCGAGGUAUUUGCCACUUGAUACGUCAAUUCUUCCAACUAUCAAACGUUAAAGACACAGUUAGUGUGAUUGUUAGAAAAGCUCCUAACAAUAGAAGUAUCCGUCUUUGUGUCCUCUUGGGAGUCGUCAGCUUCCUCUUUGGACCUAUGUACGGUGAAAUAUCAGUAUUAUAUUUGUCUACAAGAUACAGAUUCAAUUGGGAUGAAGUUAAGUUCAGCAUAUUCCAGGCUUACAACUUUAUAACACAUGCAAUAGGUACAAUUUUCUCAAUAAUGGUGCUUAGCAAACAUCUGCAAUUCCACGAUUCCUUGCUUGGUAUUGUCUCAACGCUGAGUAAAGUUGCCGCAUCCUUCGUCUACUGCUUCGCUCCCAAUGAGAAAAUAUUUUACUUAGCACCUCUGGUUGAGAUUCUAAAUGGUACAUCUCUGCUGGCAAUGAGGUCUCUUAUCACGAAGCUAGUAGAACCGAGUGAAUUAGGUAAAGUAAAUUCCCUGGUGGCGUUGGUUGAAAACCUAAUGCCUCUGAUAUACGUGCCACUGUACACAAGAGUGUACAGUGCCACUAUGGAGGUGCUGCCCGGCGCUGUGUUCCUCAUGGGAGCACUCAUGACGAUACCUGCUAUAAUCGUAUUAAUUUGGUUCUACUACGAUCACCGGAGAGAUUUGAGAAAAGCGAAAAAAGUUCCCAUCGAUAAUAGGUUAUAGUUAAUUAGGUUAAUUGUAAAUAAAUAAUUGUAGUACAAAUAUAUUGGGAGAUGAUGUCUCAAAACUUCCAAAUACUCUAAUAUAUUUUUACGUAAUUACACUUUUUAUUAUA